AUGAAUCAUUUAUUAGACAGCGAUGAUAACGUGCAAGGUGGACCUUCGGUCAAGCCUGCAGCAAAGGAGCCAUUGGUUGGGUGGCAACCCCCACCUAGCCCUUGGGGAGAGGAAUCUGUUCCCAUUGCAGCCAAUACCGUGAAGGUUGGGGAGGCAGGUGUACAUAUUCCAACAAGCGAGGUCAUCGCUCCUUCAUCAUUACAAGCGAAUAAAUCGGAAGGUCCACUAUUAUCGUUUCUAUCUUCAGAGGAAGUGGCUCCUGCGAAAGCAACACUUGUAAAGCCACAAUCGUGUACUACACAACAAGAACAUGAGUUUAAUUAUGCGCAGCAGAAUCACUCAUCACAUGUUUCUAAUAUUAAGCCAUUGAUAACAUUAACAGAGGAAGUCACGGUUGCACUGCCGGAAUUGCCGCCUCCGCCUGAGCAAAAGAUUCCGCAUCAAGACAAUCUACCUAAAAUAAAAGAUUUACCGCAUCCCAAAACUGGAGUGAUGAUAGAAUCGUCCUUUUGUAAGGAUGACCAGAGUUCCUGGGGUUCUUUUUUAGAGCUUAAAAAGAACACUGAAGAAUCUGUAUCACGGAUGAAAUGUUUUUAUGAUCAAGUGGUAAAGCUACAAUUGACGCACGAACAAGAAGCUGCGUCUUAUCGCGAUACUUCUGAGGGUAUUAUUAAUCAGCAGCGUAAACAACUGGAUGUUUUGGCCUCUGAUUACAAGGACGCCUUGUCAAAUAAUGAAAGUUUGAAAAGUCUUCUAGAGAAAAAAUCUUUGGAACUUAUGGAGUAUCAAAAAAUAAACUAUGAUCUUAAUAUACGUCUCAGAGAUUCAGAGCAACGUCGUGCCCAUCUUGAGGAUCGUGCUUUAAUUGCGGAGAAUGGUCGAAAUAUCCUUGAAAUUCGACUAAGAGAGUUAGAAAUGCUACUGGAACAUACCACACAAGUGGUAAAUGGAUUACGUGAGCGCCUAAACUCUUAUGAUAAGGACAGAGAGCGGAUAUUGCAUGAACAACGUGAAGCCUAUGAGGAGAAUCGAAGAGAUAUUAUCAACUUUUAUAAUGAACGGGAGAAUCUAAUGUUACGUAAUUUUAACGAUUCAGUAAGGAAACUUCGAGAAGCUAUGAAUGAUACUAUAAAAGUACGUGAAGAACGUCUCUCAAAAACUUGGUCUGAUAUAAUUUGUGAUUAUCAAAAGAGACAUGAUAGCAUCGUAAAAGAGUUAGGUAUUUUGAGAGAAAAUGAGGAAAAGGAAUACCGAGCAAAGAUCGCUUGCAUUGAACAGGAUAAGGAGCGGUGGUAUGAUCAAUAUCGAAAGGAGAUGGAUCUUCUUGAGGAACGGCAUAAAGAAAGGGAGAAACAUCUAUUAACAGAUAUUGAGCGAAGAGAGAGAGAACUUGGUGAAAGGGAGCAAAGAAUGCGCCUGCUACGUCUACAAGAGGAACAAGAGGCGAAGGUGGCAUUAUUAGCCAAAGAGAGUGAACUCAAGGCAUAUUACCAGAAGAUUACAGAAGAGAUUCGCACAUCAUUUGAAAAGGAGCGUGAAAAACUUUCUGCCUCUUUUCGUGAACAGAUACAGGAUCUCUCUCAACUACACCUUAAUAACGAAAGAGAACUUGAACGACUGCACCGUGAAAAAGAGCGUGAAAUGGCGCAACGAUAUCGUGUCGCAGGAUAUGAGGUUGAUGACCGAAAGGGAGACCUUGAUCUUCGUGGAGUUUCUCUUCAAACACAGUCUUCAUUGUUAUCGAAACUUGAUGCAAUUGAGACUCGACAGCGUGAGCGUGCUGAGAAAACGCGAGCUGCCUUUCAAAACUCUAUACAGUAG